AUGUCAAAGUUUGUUAGUUCUUAUGGGAAACAUUUCUUCUUGGGGAAUAGAUUACCAUUAGGUUCAAAACCUUUAAAAUUAUCAAAUUUAUUUCUUGGGACAAUUAAUAAUGGGUUAAAUAAACCAAAUUUCAAAUCAUCAUUAUUAAAAUCUUCAAUAUUACCAAAUUUAUUCAAAUCAAUAAAACCAAUCAAACCAAUUAGUAAUACCAUUCAAAUCAAACAGUUUUCCACCACUGGUUCAUUAAAAUUCAUCAAAAUAUCAAAUUAUAAUUUCAAGAAAAAUUUCGAAACUUUGAAAACAACAAGUAUAUUCACAAUCAUAUUCCUAACAGUUUCCACUUUAACAAUCCCUUACUUAGUCCAAUACACUCCAUUAUCCCAUUUUCAACGUCAUCCACAACACCUAAUCUAUGGUUUAAUAGGUCUAAACCUUUUGGUAUUCGGCUUGUGGCAAAUCCCAAGAAAUUAUAGAAUUUUAUCCCGUUAUGCCCUCUUGGAAAAAGAUAUCAUAUAUAGUAAAUGGUCAUUAAUAGGUUCUGCAUUUUCACAUCAAGAAGGAUGGCAUUUAGCAAUGAAUAUGCUUGCCCUAUAUUCAUUUGGUACUUCAUUAAUCUCAAUGAUUGGUUCUUCAAAUUUUAUGAUUUUAUACCUGAAUGGUGCUUUAUUAAGUUCAAUGGCAUCAAUCUUAUAUCCAAUUUUAUUUAGAAUCCCAAUAGUAGCACCAAGUCUUGGUGCAUCAGGUGCAUUAUUUGCAGUAUUUGGAACAUUUGCUUACUUAUUACCAAAUGCUAAAAUUUUAUUAUUUGUUUUCCCAAUCCCUGGUGGUGCUUCAAUGGCCCUUUUGGGUGCUACGAUUUGGAAUGCAGCUGGUUGUGUUAUGAGAUGGGGCUCAUUUGAUUAUGCUGCACAUCUUGGUGGGACUAUUGUGGGUGUUAUUUAUGGUUGGUUUAUAAAUGAAAAGAUUAAAAAAGAAAGAGAAAAAAGAAUGAGGGGGUUUAGAUUCUAG